ACUAUUUAUAGAAAAGAAAUUUGUUAGCUCUUGGAUAAAAAACUUGUUAAUCUAUUUAUCUAAUUGCCGCUCUCUGCCUCCGCUACCGUUGCCUUUUCUUUUCCAGAAAACAAAAAAAUCUCAAAGAAGGUUUUUUGUUUGUGAAUAUUUUUCCAAAAAGCCAUUAUUUCUCUCUCGUUAGGGUGUCGGAGUCUUAUCUCGUUUUUCUUCCUAAUCCCCAAUCCAAUUGACACAAACAGCGCCUUUACCCGUCCUGUCCAAAUUCCGUGGGAGUUCGGGAUUCGUAUCUGUGGAUUUCAACUGGGGUUUGACUGAAUCGGACUUUUUCUAGCUCUAAGCUUUUAAGAAUGAUGUGUGAAGUGGCGUUAAUCGACGGCGGAGAUGACCCGAGCAGCCAGAAAUCUACCAUCCAAGAUCAGGUGAGGAAGACCCAGAAGCGAAAGAGGGCUAGUUUGGACCCAGAAUGUUUGGGAGUCGAAGCGAAAUGGGCGAAGAUUGAAUCUUUUCGCAAGCAGCUUGAUGGGUUGUUUGGGUACUACAAGGAAGUGAUGGGUCAGAAAUUAGAUUUAGAUCCGAAGCAGUGUGGGAACAAUGUGAAUUCGGUCAUUGGGGCUUUGAUCGAAGAGAGUAGCCUGCCAUUGUCUAAGCUUGUUGAGGAGGUCUUCGACAAGGUCAAGAACUGCAAUGAGGUUCUUGGGAAUGUGACUUUGGCCCAUGUGAAGAGCAUUGUGCUCUUUGUUGGGCAAAGAGCGAUGUACGGCGUGCCAAAUGUUGAUGCUGAUGUGUUGGAGGACGAGUCCGAGUCCUGUCUUUGGUGUUGGGAGACAAGAGAUGUAAAGUUGAUGCCAGCAUCUGUGCGAGGAGUAUUGAAUAUUAGGCGUACUUGUCGAAGAAAGAUCCAUGAGAGGGUUACUGCUGUUUCUGCAAUGACAAUGGCGCUACAAAAUCCCGAGAGCGAUCAAAAUUACAUACAUGACCUGACGAAGGCAUCAGAACAGCUUGAUAAAGCGCUGUCUGAGGAAAAGAUUCGAUCGUUAAUCGAUCGCUUAUCAGUGAAAAAUGGUGCAGACAUGGCAAAGAAGGAAGCAAAAAGAGAAGAAAAACUACUAAUUAAACAAAUGGAGAGAGAUAAACGAGAGGCCGAGAAAGAGAAAAAAAAAUUGGAACGUGAGCGUCAAAAGGAAGAGUUGCAAAGUGAGAAAGAGUUAAAGCGGCUGCAAGGGGAGUCAGAAAAAGAUGAAAAGCGUCGUGAAAAGGAAGAGUCUGAAAUGAGGAAACUGCAGAGGAAGCAGCAAGAAGAUGCUGAAAGAGAACAACGCCGUCGAGAAAAGGAAGAAGCUGAAUUGAAAAAAAAACUUUCCAUAAAAAAACAAGCUUCAAUUAUGGAACGGUUUGUCAAAAGAAGCAAAACCAGCUCAGCGUGCCAGAAUGACCAGCUCCCAACUAAAACAAUUGUCUCUGAAUCAUUGAGUAAAAACAGUGAAAAUAUGCCUGAUGUAGUCACUCAGUCAAUGGACAACACUCUUUCAUCUAAUGUAGAGAUUAAUGCUGAGGAUAUACGCAGGUCACACUUGUCUUCUUGGCGUCAUGUUGGUCAUUAUAUUCGUUCAAACAGAAACCAACACUGGGGCCGACGUCAGAAGCCUAAGACUGAACUAGUUAAGGAACUCAAGCUCACAACCAGUAAAGAGCUAGUUCAUGGGGACGAUUUAAGCACGGAGAAAUUAGCUGAUAGAUGGGGAGAACAAGUUUCCAAUGAUAAAUCAUGUCAGAUUAAUACAGAUUCUUCUCUUGCUGCUGUUAAAAUAUGCAAGCGGGGAAAACAGUUGUUACAAUUUGAUAAAAGCUGUAGACCUGCAUUUUAUGGUAUAUGGCCUAAGAAAAGUCGUGUUGUUGGACCAUGCCACCCUUUUAGGAGGGACCCAGACUUGGAUUAUGACGUUGAUAGCGAUGAGGAGUGGGAAGAGGAGGAGCCUGGUGAAAACCUUUCAGAUUGUGAUAAAGACGAUGAAGAAAGCUUGGAAGAGGGGUGUUCAAAACCUGAUGAUGAAGAUGAAAGUGAAGACGGCUUUCUUGUACCUGAUGGGUAUCUCUCUGAAAAUGAGGGUGUGCAAGUGGACAGGAUGGAAACUGAUACAACAUUUGAGGAAACCAGAAGCUCACCCAGUAUUAAGCAAGAUUUAGAGAGUGAAAAAUUCUCUAUAUUGCUUCGACAGCAAAAGUAUUUUGGAAAUUUGACAGAACGUGCUCUUCAGAAAAAUCAGCCUUUAAUUAUAUCAAAUUUGGCGCAUGACAAGGUCUCUUUGUUAAAGGUUGAAGAUCUUAAUGGUACUCUUAAGCUGGAACAGAUGUGCUUGCAAGCUCUGAGUAUGCAUGUAUUUCCUGGUUGCUCACCUGUGGAGAUAUCAGUUGAUGGCAUAAAAGAAGACAACCAAGAAGUUUGUCUUUCAAGUGGCAGUCUCUGUAUUAAAUCAACCUCUGCUGUGACAGCUAUACCAGAAUCAGAUUUGCCUACAAUUGUUUCUGUCAUUCAAUCAUGCUCACAGAGCAUCAAUAAGGUGUUACAAACUUUGCAACACAAGUUCCCAGCUGUAUCGAAGUCUCAGUUAAGGAAUAAAGUGCGCGAGAUAUCGGAUUUUGUGGAUAACCGCUGGCAGGUUAAUGACUCAUUACUCGGUGAAGAAAGAGAUUUUGGAGAAGGUUGGCUUGUCAAUAUCUCCUGCAGAAAAGAGUGCUGUGCGGAGCAAGAGUAUAGCUAUGUUUUUCUCGAAAAGGUGCUUGCCGCCUACUGGCAAAAGCUUUAAUCCCAAUGAAAAUUCACCUCAGCUAGCUGGGAAGGCAAGUUCUGCAGAAGGGCAUCGGAGUUGCACGUAGGAACAUCUGUAGCUUCUUAUUUUAGUUGCCCGUUAUGUUAUGUAAUAUACGGGACGUGGUACAUGGCUGUGUUUUGGUGAGUGGCAUGUUAUAUAUGCUAAUACUAUUUACUAGCAGCGUGUAUCUGUGAAAUCCCAUGUGGUAUAGAUGGGGUUUGAUGUAAAAUCUGUGUCUGAGAAUUCAGAUAGUAGAACAGAAUUCACUGGCAUCCCAUUACCGGUGGUAGAAAUUUUUUCUGGGUUUGCAUUUACAGCUUGAUAAUACUAGUAAUCUUGUUUUGGGACUAUUGAGGAAAGUUUUAAGAAGGAGAAAUAAGCUGGUUGAAAUGAAGAGACGUAUGUAUCUACUA